CAAAAAUCUUUAUAUCAAAUUAUAAAUAAGUUGCAAAUAUAUGUACAAGUAUUGUGUAUUAUUUAUGAAAUAAUCUAGACAAUAGUGGAGACUGGAAAUGUGUGAUUUGUUUCAGCAGUUUAAAAUGAUACAUCAAUACUGACAAGACAAAGCUGUGAAUCAGAUCUGCAGGAAUAAUGAAAUUAGUCGACAUACAAACAUAUUGCUUCAUUAUUGCUUUUCUAUUCGUCGCUUUUGCCGCAUUGGUCAUGGCAUGGUCGAAACGAUUCCCCAUUGUGAUUAUAAGACGCUUGACUAAAAGGGAGAAAAAGAUUAUAGGACGCUCGACUAAAACGAUGACAGUGCCUGUCAGUCAUGAGGAACAUGACCAAACGUCGCUUCGUAAAAGGCGGUCAACAGCUGGAACACAGCCACAGCCACCGGAUAAGACAACUAUACAAACGGCAUCACUUCCGGCAAGGGCACCUACACCACCGCGUGUUAUACAUCUACAACAACAACAGCUGGACAUGGCGCAGCAACUAACAAUGGAACAAGGUAAGAAAAGAACCAAUUCUUAGUGUCAAAGUUAUGAUAGGGGAUUGGUUCAUUUAAGAUAUCUUAAAAAAAAAAACAAUAUCAAUAAGUUGGUUUAGCCAAAUUGUGUAUAGUAAUAACAGUAACGUCAUUACACGAAAACAGACAGAAAUUGCAAAAGGGGGUAGGUCAUGUUUUGUAAUGAACCUAUUAAAUACUGUACAAAGAAAAACUAUACCGGUUAAGAAUGUUCAAUUUGAAAUCAUAUAUUUUAGCGCUCAUCCAACAGAAAGACAAGAUAUACUAAUGAAUGGUUCAUUUAUUAGGACGAAAGCUAUUCGUCACUUGUGUUUAGCUUGAAAAAAGUUAUGACUCAAAGUUUCCGGUUAAGCUAGCGUGCAACUCAAUCCUUUCUUUCUUUAUGAUAAUUGAAGAACUAUGGAUGGCUUUUAAAGUUCUGAGCACAUAUACUAUUUC